AUGACGACCAAAUUUGAGCUUAGCGGCCCAAGUGCUCCCGCUGUUACACCGGCAUAUCAGAAGUUGCUCGACGACAUCGAGUCCUUCCUUAGUCCCUAUCGCCAUACACUCUCGAAGCCAGACCUUCCUCUUGAGCAGCUUGUCGUGGUCGCUGUUUGCUUCAAUCCCGAUCGCGCCGGCACUUGUGCGCUCAAGUGGCUCGUUUCUAACUUCAGAUACUUUCAGGACCUUGUCAAUUCCGACUUCUGCGGAGUCACUCUGCCGAGCAGCAGCCAAAAUUUCCGCAAGGAGUUCUUCAAUGCUAUAUACAAGCUGGACGUGCCAAUCACAGUCAAGAAGCUGAAACUCGUGGUCGACGCUGAUGAGGCACGUCUGUUUCUUGGGCUCAAUGGGAGAGACUCCACAACAUCGUUCCGAUUCAUGGCUCUUCCGCCCGAAAUCAGAAACACGAUCUACGAAAUGGCAUUCACUCCCGCCCUCAGUCGCGUUCACGCGCUUACGAAAAACAAUAUCAUGACCUUCCCACUGCUGAAUUGGUUUUGGACGCCAGCCGACCUCCCGCACGGUCAGGAGAAGCAGACCUGGGAGGGCCGAACUUUGAUCCAAGCCCAUUUUGAAAGACCAAGAAAUGGCUCACUGGCGAUCGAAUUUCAGUUCUAUGCAGAGGCCAUGCCCAUCUUUUACUCUACGAACACAUUCGUCGCACACGACAACGGAGAGCUCAACGAUUUAAUGAAAAAGACGCCCGAGCAUCGCCGAAAGCAUUUCCAGCAGGUGGUCUUCAUGUUGCACCCAAAAGAUGUGGACAUAGGAGCACGUAUCCACUCUAUUCGCAAUCUCACCAAGGACUACUCUGGGCUCAAGGCACUGCAGGGUAUUGCCGAUCUGAGGAGUCUUGACAUUGUCAUGUGGGAAGAGGAAUGGAUGGCGGUUCGAAAGACCACAAAAAAUCAGGCCUUGAAGUACACAGACAUCCUCAAGAUCCCGCCAAUGCCGCUUCUCGAGCAGUUUCGAGGUAAGUCACAGGUCAACUCAAUCUCAGAAGCGAUUCCAGCGAUGAUUAUUCUCUGCUUUUCGAGAACAAGCCAGCGAAUCUGCACGCUCGAGACUGAGAACGGUCUGACCAAAGUCACGUUUCACGGGAAUUGCGACAAUGUCAAGGCGCACCUCCAACCCUUGAUGACACUGCCGAGAGUGCAGGAAGUGGAGGAUUCUGGCAACGCCAAGCCAGUCAAGGCUCCCAAGAAGCGCAAAGCCAAAAGAGAGUCAAGAAGGCUCAAGACCCAACUCUUUGACCAGAACGGACCCGUAGAAUUGGAGGACGCGAGCUGCGCAGUUCAGGCAUGUGUUUUCCGUCUUUCCUUGACAAAAGUACAGCUAUAUCCUUUGAUCGCACUUUGCCGUAAACAUGAGCAAGGACCUCGGAGAGCUGGGCUAGCACCAAAUUUCUGGCAUGACUUACACCCACAGAGUCUGAUGCUAAAUCUGGCGUUUCAUAAACUACAGCAUGACACAAGAGAGAAGUCAGCAGGCAAGGGUGCUUAUGUGGCCCUGAAGCUGGGGGGAUCAUAUUUGCCAUUUGAGCAGCUCUCAUCUGAAAGAAAAUAA